AUGAACUCAUCGGCAUUGCUCUUCCGGCGGUGCGCCGCGCGAUCACAAACGCCCAUCAAAUGCUAUCAGCGACGAUGGGCGCAAGUCCACGAUGUGCGAUUCUACGCAGCACACCAGAAUCCCAAGCACAUCCAAGAUCGAUACAAGGAGAAAUUGGACCAGAAGGCAAAGGAAAAAGGCUUGAAGGACGCCGAAGAACUACGGACUGCAUACGCCGAUAAGAUCCAACAACUGCGCAAAGAAACAAUAGUCCCAGGCGUCAACGCACCCCUCAGCGAACAACAACCCCCCUCACCCCAAAACGCCUCCGAAACAAUCCCCUUCCAACCACCCCCACCCCCGACACCACAACAACAACCCUCCAAGGCGCCCAAGAGCGACACUCCCGUCAAGACCCUGUCAUCCUUCAUCGACGUCGAGAAGACCGCCCAACUACCCCAAAAAGAGAUCGAAACAAUCUGGCGCCUCCGCCACGUCCGCGACGCCCAAUCCCUCUGCGCCGUCCUCAACACCUCCACUUUCCAACGCAUAAUUCAAACAGCCCGCAAACACCCCCAAUUCAUCCUGCCCCUUCCCCGCGAGGGCCAAGGCGCCGAGAUCCACUUCCUGCAAUGGACUUUCCCAUCAGAAACGACCGCGACCGUCCUCUUCACACAUCUAGCAGAGUUCAAGCUACGAGGAGAAUAUGCGCAGCCGCACACGACGAUAACGCAUCAUCUGGAUUUGGCGGAAGAGAAGGGCGUGGUAUUGCUCGAGGGACGAGUGAUGGAGAAUCGCGGGAUCAGUGUGGAUGAGGGCAAGUUUCUGUUGAUGAAUUUGCAGAAGUUCUAUGGUUUUGAGGCGCAGAGCGAGGCGGCGAGGGAGAAUAAAGAGAGGAGGCGGAAGCUGAUGGAGCAGUUUAGUGGAGGGGAUGAAGGGUUCAAAGUGGAAGAGUUGUUGGAGGAGGCGGAGAAGGUGCCGUGA